AUGAAGGAUGGAGACGCCUUGCCUUUAAGCACUUCUUCCCUCGCAACGACGACGACGGUGUCAGGGAACGCGAAGAAGGAAAGCGGCUAUUCGGCUCUCUUUGCGAAAGGCCGAUACAAGUUUUGGGCCUUAGCCGCGAUUCUGUUACUCGCUUUCUGGUCAAUGCUGACUGGCACCGUGAAUCUCCGGUGGUCAGCCGGAAACAUUAACCACUUCACCGACGAUCUGAUCUUCCUGAUCCACGAGGAUCUCGAUGUUCUCGAAAUGGAGGAGAGGGAGAAAGUGGUGAAGCACAUGUGGGAUGUGUAUAACAAUGGGCGCCGUAUCAGAUUACCGAGGUUUUGGCAAGAGGCAUUCGAGGCUGCUUACGAGGAGCUGACGAGUGAUGCACCUGGUGUGGUAGAGGCUGCCGUUACGGAGAUCGCGAGGAUGUCUAUUCGCUCCGUCGUCAUAGAUCCGUCUCCUGUUCACUCAACGAACGUACGGGAACUGACAAAGACUCUAAAACUUGCGGACAGAGGAAGAACAAUCCAAGCAUCCAAACGAAGCAGCCGUUGA